GCGGCUUACGUCACAUCAAUGGCUGACAUGGUAAACAGAGCCAAAAGCUUCUCGGGGGCCGAAGUGAAACAACUGUUUUUAAGAUGAAUAACGUAGAAACUGAGCGUUUGGACAGUCUGGAUGGGUGGGUGGCGGUGAAAAGUAACAUAUUUGAAGAACCGGAGACGUUUAAGCUGGGUUUCAUCGUACAGUGGAGCGUCAUCGAGUGUAAAUUCGCCGUCACCUGCCACAACCGGACGCUACAGCGACAGAAACGCAGAGCUGAGGGAGUCUCCGGAGACCCUCAGGUGAGCUGGGCCGGACUCUUCUCCGUCAGCGACCUCAAACACAUCCACUUGCAGUUCACGUGUGUAGCGGACAUCUUGACACACUGCUUUCCGGACUUAUCAGAGUUCGACCAAGGCAACAUUUGGGACCUGCUCUUCCUGAGUCGCAGCAGGUCAGGAGGUCCCGGGGAGGAUGAUGAUGAGAGGGAUACAGACACGCCGUGCAGGAAACUGGAGAAAUACUUCAGCACGGCUAUUGACGUGUGCGGAAGAAAGAUUGUGCUCGACACGUUGUUCACGCAGGAUGAGCGGGAUGUUGAGGAGUACUUUGAAAAUCUGCAAGAGUUCAAGAGGAAGAGCAUGCAGGAGGAGAUGUCGAGGGCCAAGGGUCACGUGCGACAGCUCCUGCAGAGUCAUGGCAGUGCAGACCGAAUGGUGGCGCUGCUGCGUAUCUACGAGGAAGAGGACGAGGCGUAUCAGGACCUGGUCACUGUGGCCACCACCUUCUUCCAGUACCUGCUGCAGCCUUUUAGGGACAUGAGAGAGCUGGCCUGCCUCUACAAGAUGGAGAUCCUGAAGUCUUUAGAGUUUGAGGACUUGGGUCCUAAGAGAAUUGAAGCUCUGGAGAAGGAGGCGGAGGAGUGGAGAACGAAAGCAGAAGAUGCGGUCGCCUCAAUUCAGGACAUCACUGUCACCUACUUUGCACAAACUUCAAAAGCUCUGGCUGGUAUGUCAAAGCAGAUGGAGGAGGACAAGACUCGUUUCGGAGCUGCUGCCUGGGCAUCUGCAGCCCCCAGACUGGAGAAACUGCGCUUCCUUUUGGCCAAAGAAACCCUGCAGCAUAUGAGAGCUAAGGAGAUGUGCCUGAACCGCAAGAAAAACGGCAUCAGAGAAAUGCUGGGCAGCCUGUCUGGCCGGGUCAAGAGCCACAGAACUGAUCCCAGGUUUGAGGACGGGCAGCAGGAGGACACAGUGGACCAGUUGGAGAUAAGAUUUUAUGAAACCCAACUCGAGCUGUACGACACCAAGUUUGAGAUCCUGAAGAACGAGGAGCAGCUGCUGGUGGCUCAGAUAGACACGGUGCGACGGCAGAUUAAAGAGCUGAAGGAUGAGGUGGUGUACUACGAUGUGUGUGAGGAUCCAGAGGAGCUGCACAGCUUGUUCCACACAGGUGUUCAACAGAAGGACUCUCCCGCUGUCACUCAGCUCAAAAGACGGCUGCAGACCUUGGAGACCAAGAGAGGCAGCAUCUGUUCCCGGAGAGCUUACCUCCGAAACAAAAAGGAUCAGUGUAUGGAGGCCCAAGAGCAGAAGCAGCUUCCCGCCAAGCAGAGCUCCAUACUCUUCAACCAGCAUCAUCAGGUCCACCUGAAACGAGAGAAGAGGAAAGAGGAGGACCAGAAGAGGAAAGAGUGGGUGGACACGGAGCGAGAGAAAACUCUGAGCAGAUUACGAUCCUUCAGAGAGAGACGACAUGGCCAGUACAUCCUGAAGACUCCUCAGUCCAGGAUGUCUCCCACAGAGUGUCCCUCACAGCCUUUGUCCAUCAUCAGCCUGGGCCCACCCGAGGGCCCCCCCCCUGUCCGGCCUGCACCCAGACGCAAUAAAACACCCAAGAAAAAGCAGCCACGAGACAUACCUGUCCAAAUCUUCUCUGCACCGCCACCUCCAACAACAAUAACACCCCCCACUGCACCUCCUCCCCCACCACCUCCUCCUCCUCCUCCUCCUCCACCUCCACCACUGCCCCCCGCUUUCCGGCCUCCACUUGUCAAAGCUUCACCUUCCUCUGAAGACAAACCGAUGCCUCUCAGUGAAAAAGAGGACCCUCCUUUUCCAGCCAAGAACACGCUCAAACAAAAUAUAGGAACAAUGGACGAAGUGUUGGCCUCAUUGCAGCGUGGACAGAUUCAGCUUAAAAAGGUCUCCGCUCCAAAGACAGCAUCUCCUGCUGGGGACUCGAGGAGUUUUCUGAUGACUGCCAUUCGACAGGGAGUCACCCUGAAGAAGAUGGUUCCUUCACAUGUAGAAGUACCGGCUAGCGAUGAAAACGAGCUUGAGCGCAGCAUCAAAGCCGCCAUGAUGAGGAUGAAGAAGGUUGCAGCCGACUCUGACUCUGAUGACAGAGAAGACGAGACACACAGCACCGACUGGGACAGCUGAACACACACACCCACAUACAUACCGAUGAAGUCUUUCUCAACAUUACCCCCUCUCUGUUUGCUUGAUGGUUCUGAACUACAGCUUAUGUUGCUGCCAAAUGUUCACAGAAAAGCUUCCUCUUAGACACGGAUGGGAUUACGCCUCUUCUGACUUUAACAUUGCACUUUUCAAAAUAGCCCUGAGAUGUUGUAAUACAUCCAGAAUUGCUCAAAUCCAACCAGCCAGCUAGAGGCAGAAUCAGGAUUUAGUCUUCUUAAAAGCUGCGGGUUUGCAGAAAUCCAGAACCGAGCAAAUGAGGCGUUGUGUUUCAACGCUCAUUAAGGAGAAAAGCGGAGCAGUGGGGCUGUAGUACAGUGUGUAAAUGAUUGAAUUUAUCCCAACUCGCUGCCUGAAGGCCUUGUGAGACUGCACACAGCAGGGGAAGCCUGUGCUUCACACGUACACUGUCACAAAUACUCAGUUUCCCACAUUAAAGAGUCUAAACUGGGCUCAUUUGAAUUAUUUUGAAUGUAAUGAAAUCUGAACAAUUGUUUUUUUGUGUUCUACCUGACCCAAUAAGGGCUGUAGCAAACUGAGUUUUUUUGCAUUAUAUUACUAAACACAUGAAGUGCAGCACUGUUAACUAUUUACAGCCUUCAUGUCUUUGUCGACGUCUGGCUUUUGAUGCACUACUUUUUCUUUUAGUGUCAGAAAUGUGUGAAUGUUUUAGGCUUCAUUUAAGUGAAAUUGUAAUGUUCCUCCUAGAUGCCAUAAGAAAUGUUGUGACUAGUAAAGAACACAAGACCAUACUUUUUUAAAUAAUCAAUACUUCCUCUAAUUAUUAAAAUUCCCUGUAAUUUACAAGGCUCUGUCUACAUGUGGUUAAAUCUGCUGCAGCAUUAGCAGACGGGUUGUGAAUGUUUAGGAAAAGACUCUGACCUUUUGAACCUUUGACACAGCACUUACCUGAAAAGACAAGCCUUUAAUGUAUUAUGUACACAAAAUACAAUACUGUAGGGCAAACAGUAUUUAACGGUUUGCCAACAAAAUGUUUAAUCACUGCAAAGAUAUGAAAGUGUGUUGCUGCUAAGGGCUGCGGCUGAACUUGUACUCCUGAGUUUUAAAAAUAAAUGAUGUUGGAUCAUAA